UGUGUUAGGCACGUCGCGCAGUAUACAGACCACAGAAAUCCUCACGUCUCUUUGCAUCUAUUUGGGAUAUAUUUGUUCUGUUUUUUUUAUCAGAUCGAAGGAUUGCACUGCCACACAAAGGACGCAGGCAGACAGCUGAGGAGUUUGUCCUCUGCUGAGCAAAGGAGCAAGACCCCUCCACCCUCACACCUCCCCCCCUGCCCCUCCAUCUCUCCCUCCUCUCGGUGGCUAAGGUGACGGACAGAACAGAAGAGAAGGGAAGAGAGGAGUGCCGCGAUCAUGGAUGGCUUCUAUGACCAACAGGUCCCCCUGAUGUCCCCACAGAAUGUCUGUCAGGGGCCGCCACAGAACUCGGAGCUGCGUUGCCGUGGCGAGCGGAAGAGGAAGUUUGCAGAAGCCGAGCUUGACCAGGACACUGAAGAUUUGUUCCAGGACCUCAGCCAGCUUCAGGAGAUCUGGAUUGCAGAAGCUCAAGUUCCUGACGAUGAACAGUUUGUUCCAGAUUUCCAAUCAGACAACUUGAUCUUUCAUGGGUCUCCUCAGACCAAGGUGAAGAGAGAACAGAGUCCCUCCAGAGAUCUGUCCCCGUGCAGUCAGACCAGCAGACUCUCCCCCUACUCAGAGAAGUGCCUUUACAACUACAGUGCCUACAACAGGAAGCCAGUUGGCUUCAACAAGCCUUUGACUCCGCCCUCCACCCCUUCCUCACCAUGUGGACCCUCCCCUCACCCACUCCAGAGGCAAGCCACACCCACUCCCGCCUCCUCCACCAAUCACAUGCAGUCGUCACAGGGACCCCUCGCCGCCGCACUCCAGGCACACGCCCAGCUGCACAGAUCGCACUCACUCCAGCAGAGGCCACACCCACUGCAAGGCCAAAGCCCGCCCUUUGCUGUGCCCCACCCACCUGCCAACCACAGCAAUGCUUCAUACAGCAUAGAGCACAGGUUCCAGAGGCAGCUCUCGGAGCCGUGCCGGCCGUUCCCCCCCAACAGCGACCCCUCCUGUCGGCCGCCCUUCCCUCCCCACCCUGCCUCCAUGGGCGGAGGUGGUGCCAUGCCACGACCCCCCUACCAGAGGCAGAUGUCCGAACCGGUACCCCCUACCCCCACCACCACGACCUCUGGAGGGCCUCCUCCCCAGGUGUUCAAGCAGGAGAUGGUGGACCCACGCUACGGGGAUCAUCAUCAUCAUCAGCAGCAGCAGCAGCAGCAGCAGCAGCAGGGCCUGGCACCCACACAGCACCCCCAGCGCAGCGCACUAGGACCCCCGGCCAUGAGGCCGCCCUUCUGCCAGAUGAAUAUCAAGCAGGAGCCCAGGGACUUUGGCUUCGACACAGAGGUUACAAACUGUCAAUCGUCGUUUGUCAAGUCGGCGAACCUCUACAGGAGCAACAGUGAAGGUUUCAUGUUUGACGGUGACUCCCACCUCUACUACGACGACACCUGUGUGGUGCCCGACCGAAUCGAUGGUAAGAUAAAGCAGGAGGCGGGUCUGUUCCGCGACGGGCCGCCCUAUCAGAGGCGAGGCUCCCUGCAGCUGUGGCAGUUCCUGGUCACGCUAUUGGACGACCCGGCCAACAGCCACUUCAUCAUGUGGACCGGACGCGGCCUGGAGUUCAAGCUCAUCGAGCCUGAGGAGGUGGCUCGUCGGUGGGGCAUCCAGAAAAAUCGUCCGGCAAUGAACUACGACAAGCUGAGUCGUUCUCUGCGCUACUACUACGAGAAGGGCAUCAUGCAGAAGGUGGCCGGGGAGCGGUACGUCUACAAAUUCGUGUGCGACCCCGAAGCCCUCUUCUCCAUGGCCUUCCCCGACAACCAGAGGCCCAGCCUGAAGGCCGACCCCGAGGGCCUGGGCGUCCCUGAGGAGGACACGGUGCCCCUGUCCCACUACGAGGACCCCGUGGGCACGCGCUACCCCCCGGGACACGACGCCAGGGACCAGUGCCUGCCCUUUCCUGACAGUUACGCCUUCUAGGCAGAAGAUGGUGAUGGAGAGGAUUGCGUAUUGUAUGAAGACGGGAACUGUUGAGAAGUGACUGUUGGUGGACCACUUGCAUGAACAUAAUACGACACGAAACAAAACUUAUUGUUUUAUCGCUCGAAAACCUCCUGAAAAUGCCAACAAUUAGCACACAAACACGCACACACACUGAUGUUAGACACACUCCUUGUCAACACUGCUGAGCAGUGUGAAGACUUGCACCCUCGUACACACACAUACGCACACAUCCACACACACCCACUUUAUACACAUCCAAAUGCAUGCAUACACAUGUGUCUGUACAUACCAUACUCUCUCGCACAGGCUUAUGCAUGACUGUAAUCUCCAGACAAAGGCAGCUCUGAAGUGGCCCGAUUAAAUCAGGCCUUCUUCCCCUGUUUCUGGACCAAUGUUUCAUCUUCGUUUUUGAUUCCAGCAUUGUUCUUCUUCGUUUCCUUCUUCGGGGCGGUUUCACGCUCUUCUUUAUUCUGUGCGUGACCUGACUAGCGGCCACCAAACUGAUGUCUGAUGUUUCUAAUCCUCUUGAUAUAUGUAUUUUUCUAACUGUAAGCUAAAGGGACCCCUCGUUUAAAAACUAUCCAAAAAUUAUCACACAAAAAAACUAAACAAAAAAGAGAUUUUUUUAAAAGAAGUAUAUCUAAAUGUAAUAUUUUUUCUGAAUUGCAGAUGGUUAUUUUGUGGACUUUUAUGGGUCUAUUUUUUUUGUUUUUGUUUUCUCGUAACUUUUACUUGUGUUUUAAUUCUGGCUGCUGACUGUACGUUCCCCUGCCUCUGCCUCUGUGUAGCUAUGGCUUCCGCUGACGAGACGUGUUGUUUAUCGCUCUAACACCCUGACGACCCUCGCUUGGUGACAAUGCAGAUGACACUUGCUGACAAGUGUGCAGAGUAUUCUGCACCGUCGCUUUCUCUUGAGCUGCUCUCAGACUUGGCAACACUGACUGUACACAGUAAAUGUUGUGGUGUUAAUUCAACACUUACAGAGUUCAUUUAAGUCCAAAUGGACUCAAAUGAACUCUCUAAGUGUUAAAUGAGCACUGCAGAAUUUACUGUGUACUGUGUUCUAUUUCUGGCUUUCCCCCCCCUCCACAGAAGACAUGAUCUGUAUCAAAUAAAUCCUCAGCAACAGUGGAUUUUGUUUUUAGCCGUCAAUCAAAACUUGGAAAUGUAGCUAGCAUGCAUGCUUGCAUGUAAAUGGGGCCAGUUGAGUUUUGAUUGCCGUAAAAAAAACAAUACUGUACGUUUCUCCUCUGAAAGCAGCUCUGGUGCCAGUGGGGCAGGCAUUUAUUCUCUCGCUGUAAAUUUAGAAGUCUGUCAGCUUUAUUUUUUUCUAAAUAUGAACUUGUAUGGAGUCAUUUGUAAUUCCUGGGCUGGGGUGGGGGGGUUGGAGUAAGUCAAAUUUGUUUAAGACAAGGGUUUAAAAGACGUUUUUAAAAAAUCUAUAAAUAUAUAUGAAUAUAUUUUUGCAAAAUCUCCAUUUUUUUUGUCUGUACAUGUAUACGCUGUUUAACAGAUGCAUAUUCUGAGCUCUGUGUCCAUGUGCUGCAGGGGUUAACGUUUUCCAUGUGAGGAGAGAUGGUGGUCGUGGUUGGGUGUGGUGUGGUGUGUGUGUAUAUUGUAAGCAGGGUGUUCUCAUUGGCUGCAAGUCAAUCUACUUACUCCUGUCCUUUCCUAAUGAUGCAACGCAUUCACAUUAUCAUUGAAGUUUUUAUUCAAUAUCUUGCAUAAAAAAUACAAUUCAAAAAGACCAGAGGCUGCAUGAAAGGACAGGAGGACGCAUAUUGACUUGCGGACAUGGGCUCAAUGGCACUUAAGUGACACAAUUUUUGAAGUGGCUGUGCAGCAGACAGCAGCAGGUCAUGUGUGUGUGUGUGUGUGCGUAUGUGUGAGUGUGAGAGUGUGAGUGUAUACGUGCAUGCCUGUUGCCAUGGCCACAAGUAGGAUCAGGGUAUCAGGACAUUGUGAUGUGGGAGUCAUGGAUACGAUGAACCCUAUUGAAAGUUGGGCUUUUUCUCCCAAGUUCCACACACUACUGUCUCUCCUCACUGUCUCUGCUUGGACGUAUGAAUCUGUACUGGGUACAAUAAACUCUCUAAGCUUCA